AUGGGCACUGACCCAGCUACGGGAAAGCGAGGCGCCGCGGCCGGGGCCAUGGGCAACUUCCAACUGGAAGACUUUGUCGCGGGCUGGAUCGGAGGUGCAGCCAGUGUCAUCGUCGGCCACCCUCUGGAUACAGUCAAGGCUCGCCUGCAGGCCGGCUCUGGCUACGGGAGCACCCUCAGCUGCAUUCGCACGGUGUACAGGAGGGAGAGUGUGUUUGGCUUCUUCAAGGGCAUGUCCUUCCCCCUUGCCAGCAUCGCCGUCUACAACUCAGUGGUGUUUGGGGUCUUCAGCAACACACAGAGGUUCCUCAGCCACCACCGGUGCCGAGAGCCUGAGGCUGGCCCACCCCACGUGCUGUCUGACCUGCUUCUGGCCAGCAUGGUGGCCGGUGUGGUCUCUGUCGGGCUGGGUGCGCCCGUGGACCUCAUCAAGAUCCGGCUGCAGAUGCAAACAGAGCCAUUUCAGGAAGCCAACCUCGGUUUGAAGCCCAGAGUGGCAGCUCUUGGGGAACAGCCAGCCUACCAGGGGCCUGUGCACUGCUUUGCAACCAUCGUGCGGACAGAAGGCCUGGCGGGGCUGUACCGGGGAGCCAGCGCCAUGCUGCUGAGGGACGUUCCAGGCUACUGCCUCUACUUCAUCCCCUACGUGUUCCUGAGUGACUGGAUCACGCCCGAGGCCUGCGCAGGCCCCAGCCCCUGUGCUGUGUGGCUGGCAGGCGGAGUGGCGGGAGCAAUUUCUUGGGGAACGGCAACUCCUAUGGACGUCAUGAAGAGCCGACUGCAAGCUGAUGGGGUUUAUGUAAACAAAUACAGAGGUGUCCUGGACUGCAUCUCCCAGAGUUAUCAGAAAGAAGGUCUUAAAGUGUUUUUCAGAGGCAUCACAGUCAACGCCGUGCGGGGCUUCCCCAUGAGCGCAGCCAUGUUCCUUGGGUACGAGCUCUCGCUGCAGGCGAUCCGUGGGGACCGCGUGGUGACCAGCCCCUGA